AUGGCCGAUUCUACCCCACCGCUACAAAAGCCUGUGUUGGGCGACCGCUACAAAGUCCCAGCCGAAAUGCUCAGCGACGGCGAGGUGACGCUUCGCCGUUGGCAGCUCUCAGAAGCGCAAAGUCUAUUCGAGGCCGCUGAGCCCUCCCUGCCCGAGCUCAGGGUAUGGAUGCCCUGGGCUGCCAACGGCUACACGCUCGCCGACGCCGACGCCUUUCUCCGCAUCGCCGCCGACGGCUGGACCAAGGGCGAAGCUUACAACUAUGCCGUGAUUGUGGACGGGCGCAUCGUCGGCUCUUUCGGUCUCAUGAACCCUGCGCAGGGUAGUGCCGGCAUGGGCAUGGGAUACUGGCUCGCGACGGCCGUGACGGGCCGCGGACUGGCGAGCCGGGCCGCCGCACUACUCACCCAGGCGGCGUUUGACUGCGGCGCGGAGCUUGUGCAAAUCUGGCACCAAGCAAAGAAUGGAAAGAGUCGGGCUAUUCCGCAGCGGUUGGGAUAUCAAUUUCUUGGGGAGUUUGAUGACUUGAAGAUAUCGGAGCCUGGAAUGAUUGGCCUCUGGCAAAAGGACAGACCAUAG